AUGGCAGCUGCUAAAAUCUCCCGAUCAUCGAUUAGUAUUGACCAUCGUGGUGGUGCUGAUUCAAAUAAAGGCAAAGAUGACCGACUGUUAGUGCGCCUUCGCCAACUCUCCUAUCCUCUCGAUUACGAAAAGGAAAUCAGUAGCAAUACUGACCAUCACUCGCAUGAUCCGCUACAAUUUAUGCUCAAUUUUCCAGUAGAUGAUGUCUCGGCUGCAACCAAAUCCAGACAGCUACGAACUAUCCGCAGUACUGUACCUUCUAAUGCUCUUAGUGAAGCUACCAAUGCCUUCGUUCGAGAGACACUACGAUCCUAUACCGUCGAUUGGAAUAUCAUCAGAACCAAGUACAAUGAAUAUUCGGGCAAUUUUACGAAAUUGCCUACUACAAUUUUACGAAAUCGGGAUACUUUACGUGAACAAAAAUUCGAAAUUGAUAUAAUGGACGAUGAAAUUGAUAGUAUAAUCGUGGAAGAGGGUAUUCAAGUUAAACUACCAAAAGAACUUGUCUCUAUGAAGGGAUAUUUAACUAUUGCACCGAACUCUAACGACACAUCAGUGACAUUAAAGUCUAACCGAAGAAUGUGGUUCUUUUUAAAAACUAGUACCGAUAGCAGCUACAUUAUCGAAUAUUUUAAAGGUCGUGAAAGUCAUUUAGCGUCUGGGUCUAUUUUACUGCCUGAAUCAACUCGUCUAGCAAAGUUUACAUAUGAUACUAGACAGUUUGGAUUUAGUUUACAACUGCCAGAUAUGACUUAUGGGCUCAUAGCUGAUUCACUAGCCGAAAGAGAUCAAUGGUACGACACUUUAUGCAAGGCCCUAGGUUCAGAAAAAUUUAUCGAAGAAAAUUCAGACAAACAACCCAAUACCCAACGAUAUAGUAGUUUGAGAGAUAGCCUACUUCAUAGUCGCUGUCCAGAUUUAAUAAAGUAUGCGAAAGAAAUUGAUUUUCAAAAUGCCCUGAAGCGGACCGAAAGUAAUAGAAAGUUAUUUUCUAUUUAUCCCGAUCUUGAAAGUGCAGAAAAAUUUGCCCAAGAUGAAGGCUUACCGGAAGCCGUGUCUUUUAUCGAGCAAUUAGGAACUAGAUUUAUACUACGUCCCAAAGAAUUACUCUUUCGUCUGAAUAUGAAUAUAGAAAACGUUGUAUCUAAUGUUGAACCAUUUUUCAUUAGUGUUGCACUAUAUAAUGUGCAAGAUAACUUAAAGAUAUCGGAAGAUAUUCAUUUCGAUUUAAAUCAUUCCAUUAUCCGUGACAAUCUGCCAGAGGGUGAAGCGAGAUUUUCUAAUGAAGGAGAGGAAGUAAUAGAUGGUACUACUAGUGGAAAUAAUUCUGGUGGCAUAAACAGAAAUCAUAUGGCGGUAUUCGAUAAUCGUGCCUAUACUUAUAAACAAGAAGCUGUAUUUUCCGUGACCUGCCCGAGCACUCAUGUCUAUAUGGUCGUUCGUAUAGAGAAAGUUUUGCAAGGAAGUAUAUCUGCUUGUGUUGAGCCGUAUAUUAAAGGCGCUGACAAUCCAAAGAUUGCUCAAAGAGUGCAUAAACAAGUCACUUCAAUUUGUGGUCGCUUAGGCAAUUAUCGCAUGCCAUUUGGUUGGGCAUAUAAGCCAGUCUUCAAAAAUACUAACGGAGAAUUAGACCCACAAGAGUUUUCACCUAUCUUUAAGCAAGAUUCUGGCAAGCUUAGCGAUGAAGAUUUAUUAAAAUUUUUAGCGGAUUCUAAUAAGAUUAAACUUCCUACCAUCCCUGGACACUUUGUAGCAGUUCUAGAGUCGCUAGGAGCUGACCAGCCUGAAAAUUGCGUGACACCUUCUAUUCAACCAAUCAAACCUUUCAAAAGUCAAGAUAGCUCCUUACCAACCCCUGUUAUCAGGGAAGUUGAUGAAUUUCUUACAGCAAACCCGAAAGCACUCCAGCCUCACUUAUCCUACUAUAACAAUUUGUAUGUGUAUCCGAUUACAAUAAGGUUCGAUGGGCAGAAAACAUUUGCGAGGGCCCGUAAUCUUGCAUGGACAGUUUCAUUUUAUGAUUCUGACGAUGUACAAGCAUCUGCUUUAAAGUGUAUCUACGGAGAAGGAAUGCAAGCCGAAUUUGUCUCAAUUGGUUAUGCUUGGUUACCUAUAUUACAGGAUGGAAGAAUUAUUGGAAAUGAGCAUUCUCUUCCUGUAGCCAAAAAGAUAUCUCCUGGUUAUUUAUCUAGUCAAUCACUUGGCUUGAAAAGAGGAUUCUCUGGGCCGCAGGAAAUGGAAUGGGUAGAUGGUGGAAGACCCCUACUCAAAGUGUCCACUUCCUUAAAAUCAACUAUUUACUCUCAGGAUCCACAUUUUCAGAAGUUUUUCUCAAAUUAUCAGCAAUCUAAUGCAUCAACACUUAGCAACGUCGAAAUUAUUCAGCUGAUGAAAGCCUUACAUGCUGUGGAAUUGAACACUCUAAUACCGUUCCUUCCGGUUUUGUCAAACCACCUUUUUCGAGUUCUUCGCAGAUAUCAAAAUGCUGAUGUAUCUGUAACGGCUUUAAGUGUCCUAAUUUACAUGGCAUUUAAGCUUCAUUCUGCUGGUAGAACUGAACUCUUGAACUCGUAUGUAAAGUAUUCGUGGUUCUUUUUCGAUAUUAUGGUAAAAAGUAUGGCUCAGUACCUAGUCCAGACUGGCAAAUUGAAGGCUAAUCGGAUAUUUCGAUAUAGCGAUCACUAUCUUAAUGAUUUAGAAGAAUUAAUUGUUGCGAUGUUAAAGCAAAUCAGGAAUAAAGCUGAUGAUGCUCCAGCCACGAAUGCCAAUCAAAAUUUGGGUCAUUUCCUUAAGAAAACUAUGAGAAUGAAAUUUGAUUUUCUUCAAAUUAUCUGUAGCCAUGAACACUAUAUUCCGUUGAAUUUACCUUAUGAAGAAAAACCUCCAGCAACCUUCGACCUAACAGAUGAUUUUCAUAAAAAGCAUCCUUUAGUUGGUCUCCUUUUGAAAGAGGUUCAAACUGCAAUGCAACAGCAUGAUUCCAAUGUUAGGAAACAUGCCUUAAAAGUUUUGCGUAACUUAUUAAUAAAGCAUGACCUAGAUGACCGAUAUAAUGAUAAGAUAUGCCAAGCAAGAAUUGCAAUGCUCUAUGUUCGUUUCUUUUCGAUUGUUUUCCAAAACUCGCAUAAAAUUAAAGCAAGUAAAGCUGUGAUUCCGCCCGAUUCAGCUCCGGUGUCUCCUUUCCCUUCUGAUGAUAUAGGAAGUAUGGCACCAUCCAGCUCAUGUCAGUCACUGACUUCAAUUGGUCGUGGCACUACUACAACCAAUACUAAUGGAAGUACCGCUAACACAAGUGUCUUUGAUCGAUAUGCUACACAUAAUAAAAGCUUUUCCGGUACAGCGAUACCAGUUAUUCCAGUACAAAUUGAUGAUGGACUAUCAAAGGAUUUAUCGUCAAGUUCGACAUCACUUAAUAAAAGUGCACCAAUGAGGAGUGUUUCAUCAUCUGUAAUUAAUAUUGAUAACAUUCACAUUUAA